GAUUUUUUUUAUUCGGUUUUUCGUGGCGUCUGAUGCAUUGCAUACAAAUUAAUUUGAUCAAUAAAUAUUAAUUUCUAACAUCAAUAUCUCCGAGAUUCGCGAUUAUAUCUUCCCAAGGGAAAUAACUUAAUAUGGAUGAUGAAGUUAGUUCGGAUUUACAGAAGUGUUUAUCAGAAGACGGGCAAAUGGAAACGGAUGAAGGACCGCUCAUAAAUGAAAAUUCGAAUGGGCUUUCGCACCUUCUGACAGAGGGAGAGUUCAAUAGCGUGGAUGCUGUUGUAGCGGACGAGUCGUCAACGUCGAACCAAGGUUUUCUGAAUGCGGUCGAGUUGUCUGCGGGUAGCGUGGGGGACUACUUGGAUAACAAUGCGGAUGGCUUUAAUACUGACUCUUUUGAUGUCGGGGACAACGCGGUCACUUUUCCGAGUGAUUCCUUGAGUAACGUGCUCUCCGACGGUGACUCGAUGCCUAUCGAUCCUCAGUUUAAAGCGACCGCUUUUGACACUGAUGGUGAUGUUACAGACAGUCAGAAGACCAAGAUGGACACUGAUUUUGAGCAGGAGAGCAUUAGUGAAAUGUCCAAUGACGUAAACUCGGAGAGAGUGGAAGAAAUUCCAGCUAAGAUGGAUGACGAGAGUGCUACCGGUGAUGAUAAAUUUGCGGAAAAUCUUGAGGCCACUAAUGAUAGUACACUUGAACAGGAUACUGAGGCCGUACAAAAUGAUACACUGGAUGAAGCUUCAGAAACAGCUCAACUUGAAAUACCUGAAUCAAAUAAACUGGAAAAGAAUCAGCAAGCUGACCAAGUGGUGGUAAAAUCAGAGCCGGAUACAGAGAAUCCUGAGAGUCCCCUCAAAGAAAAGUUAUCUAUACAGAUAAAGAAGGAAAUUAAAGAUGAAGAUGAUGACUACAUGGACCAAAAGCCAAAAGAAGAAUUAAAGGAACUUAAAGAUGGUUCUGUGGACCAAAAGCUAAAAGAUGAAUUGAAGGUGGAUAUCAAAAAAGAAAUAAAAACAGAGGGAGGAGGGGCUGAGGAAACCGAAGUAGUUUCUGAGGAUGAGCUGCCAACUGUACAAAAACCAAGUGUCAAGGAUGCAGAGAAUGUAUCUGACGAUGAGCUUCCAGGUCCGAAACCAGCUGACUUACCUGCCGAUACAGAGGUGGUUUCAGAAGAUGAGCUCCCUGCAUCUAAAAAAGAGUCGCGUAAGAGAAAGCCCGAUGAAGAAAGAGAUGGAUAUGACCCUGGAUCACCCACUUCAGAGAGUGAAUCUUCUAAUAAAAAGCAAGCUGUGGCUAAGAAUGGUGAAAGCAAACCUGUCCCUGCUGAAAAACGUUCAUCCAUUGAUGAGAAACCCAAGAAAAAGACCCUUCCAGAACUUGACAAGUAUUGGAAGGUCGUCAAUGAUGACCCCACUGAUUUCACUGGCUGGACAUAUUUACUGCAAUAUGUAGAUCAGGAGAGCGACGUGGAGGCAGCGCGCGAAGCCUACGACGCGUUUCUGUCGCACUACCCGUACUGUUACGGCUACUGGCGAAAGUAUGCCGACUAUGAAAAACGUAAAGGAAGUAAAAAGAAGUGCCUUGAGGUAUUGGAAAGAGGAUUGAAAGGGAUACCUCUGUCUGUGGACUUAUGGAUACACUACCUGAAUCACAUUAAAUCAACGAGAGCUGAGGACCACGCCUUUAUCAGAUCGCAGUACGAGAGGGCAAUUGAGGCUUGUGGUUUGGAGUUCCGUUCAGAUCGCCUUUGGGAAUCUUACAUCAAGUGGGAGGCUGAAAACGGCUCGGCUCUCAACGUCACAAGUAUCUACGACAGGCUGUUGGCCACGCCCACCCUCGGCUACACCUCACACUUUGACAAUUUCCAAGAGCACGUGAUGUCGGAGCCGGUGACGGGCGUGGUGACGCAGGCGGAGCUGGUGCGGCUCCGCGGCGAGGUGCGCGACGCGGCCGGCGCGCAGCCGCAGCUCGACCUGCCGCCCGGCGAGGACGAGCCCGUCGACCACGUGGCUUCAGAAGAAGAAGCUCAAGCGAUCAAGGAGCGCAUCAUAGCAGCGCGGCGGAAGGUGCACAAGACGACCGGCGAGGAGGUCGCCGCUCGCUGGGCGUUUGAGGAGGGCAUCAAGCGUCCGUACUUCCACGUGAAGCCGCUGGAACGCUGCCAGCUGAAGAACUGGAAAGCGUACCUGGAGUGGGAGAAGCAGCACGGCUCCUUCCGCCGCGCGCUCGUGCUGCACGAGCGGUGCCUCAUCGCCUGCGCGCUCUACGAGGAGUUCUGGAUGCGGCUGAUAAAGUUCCUCGAGGAACGCGCGGAGACCGCCCCCGAGUUGGUGGCGGUUCAGCGCGAGGUGCUGGAGCGCGCGUGCACCGUGCACCACCUCGACAAGCCCGAGCUGCACCUGCACUGGGCGCACUUCGAGGAGGCGCACGGACAGCCCGCGAGGGCGGCCGAGAUAUUAGACCGCAUCGAGAAGGCCUGCCCCAAUCUGGUGCAGAUACAGUACAGACGCGUGAACCUCGAACGGCGGCGCGGCGACUACGACAAAUGCGCACAACUAUACGAGGGCUACAUAGCGGCCGCCAAAAGCAAGGCAGUGGCUUCCGCGCUCGCGGUCAAAUACGCGCGAUUCUUAUUCCACGCGCGCGCCGCGCCCGCCGACGCCCGCGCAGCGCUUGACGCGGCGGUUGCACGCGAUCCGCUCAACCCGCGUCUGCAUCUACAGCGCCUUGACUUAGCGCUGCACACGCCUGGAACGCCCUAUGAGGAGCUUGAAGAGCUGGUGAUGUCAUACGAGCGGCAAGAAGGCGCGGAGGUGGAGGUGAGCGCGAGCAUGGCGUGGCGGCGCCGCGAGCUGGCCGAGGAGCUGGGCGACGCGGCGGCCGCACGCCGCGCGCACACGCACGCGCGAGCGCUCGCCAAGCACAUGAGGAAGCGCGCGCGCAAGGACAAGCACGACGCGCCGCCACCGCCCAGUGCAUCAGCAAGCGACGUGAAGAAGAAAGAGGCGACGCCGGCUAGUGCGGUAACCACGAGCAGCAACUCGUACUACCAGACGCCGGCCGCCACGGCGCAGUCCUACGAGCAGUCGUACGCGCAGCCCUACCAACCGCCAUGGGGCUACCAGCAACCUCCCGGGCCCUACCAGCACCACGCGCCCUGGCCGCAGUACCCUAACUACUACUAGCGCCCGCGGUUCUGUCGAUAAUUUGAUCUCACAACCACUCGAACGAGGCCGACGUACGGCGAGCGUCAAAUAGUGACGGUCACAGUAGCCAAUGAGAGUUCACGAUUACAAUAAAACUUUUUGGCCACUUUGGGUGUCAUUAAAUAUUCGACUUUGACUGUACAAGUACGCCUAUAGCCCUACCAAUAUCUUUUGACCGCUUUUAGGUGACCAGAAAUCGACUUCUAUUCGGUAUACUGGUCCAUUGAAUGUAUUAAAAACCGCUCACUAUAAGACCUUGGUUGGGCUGUAUGCUGAGCCGAUAGAAAACGUUUGGUAAAGCUACACGUUCAUACGUGCAGUCUAAAUGGGUAAAUACGGCCGAAUGUUCGCUUUCGUGGUUGUAAUGUCAAAUUAUUGACUCGAAUUUUAUUGAAAAUUCGAUGGAUUAUAGCACUUAUUGCUGCUACGCUGUGUUUAAUAUAACACAUUGCCACUAUGUAAUACGAUCGUUCCGUGGUUAGUUAUAAUGUACCGUUAAGUACAGGACUUAUCAAUCUUAUAUUUUAGGACUUAGUUAAGCAAUAACAUAGAUUCCGAUGCAUCUACGCUCUUAAAUUGGAUUUUAUUGUAAUGGACUACAUUUUUGUAAUACUAAUUAUAGCGUUAAUAGUAUGGUAUAUUAAAAGGACAGAUUUUUCAGUGCAUUGUAAUUGAUGCGAUAAAUAAAAACUGUAUUGCAUGAAGAACUUUUAUUAAAAUUUGAUAAAUCUAAGAAAACACUACAAUAUACUUUGGGAAAUAAAUAUACUUGUCACAUUAGAA